ACCUGCAAAACUGAUACAAAUUGUCUUGUAACACAGCGUGGUUGCAACACUGCUGACAGUUUCGGACUCUCUGACCUCAAGCAGUAUUCCGAGCACCAGCACACGCAAUUUGCAUUGCAUCUGUUGCCGCUGUCAGCCACGACACCAUAUCCCUCCGCGCUGCACGUCGUAUCGGUGCAACGCAAGCACAAAGAUGACCUCACUCGCAGCGAGAAUAGCGGGCUUCCCCAAGGCCCAGCCCUUUGUCUUUAACCUGGGCGUGGCCGCGGCCAAGACGUCCGCCGCCGACUUGCUCACCCAAACCGUCGUCGAGAAGAAAUCAUUCCCCAACGGCAUCGACUGGAAGCGCAACGCUUCUUUUACAGUAUUCGGCUUCGCCUACUUGGGCGGGUUCCAGUACUGGCUCCAGGUCAACAUGUUCCGGAAAAUGUUUGUUGGCAUGGACAAGGUCGCGGAGAUGCCGCUUUCCAAGAAACUCGUGGACCCUUCAGCUCUCAGUGUCAUCGCGAAGCAGAUCGCCUUCGACAUCGCGAUCCACAUGCCCUUCAUGUACUUCCCUACCUUCUAUGUCGUGAAGCAAGCCGUGCAGGGCCCGCCGGGCGGCAACGUCGUCGUGGACGGGUUGUCGAAGUACAAGGAGAACUGGGUCGUCGACCAGACGGCCAUGGUCAAAGUAUGGCUGCCCGCGGACGUCGUCUUCUUCUCGGGGCCGCUGUGGUUGAGAUUGCCUUUGAGACACGUGGUCAGCUUCGGGUGGACGGCGUACGUGUCCUUCUUGCGGGGGGCCUAAGUUAUCAAGUAUGUU